AUGGGAACUUGUAAAAUGAUACGACGAAGUCUACUGCUUUUUGCGGUUGUGCUAACCGCCCAGAACAAUGCACAGAAAACUAAACUAGAAGAGAGCAAUGUUCAAGCAGUACCCAGUGACCUAAGAAGAACUGUCAGUGAAGCACUAGCUUUAGAGAAGAGGUUCUUAUUAGGUGCUAGCGACGCACAUAAUUGUUCGUCUGAUGAGGACGAGUCUACCAGAAUCCCGUGCCCUCCAAGCAAGUACCGCAGUGCAAGCGGCGAGUGCAAUAAUGUGCGUCAUAGACCUUGGGGACGAAGAGGAGAUGUAUUUCUUAGACUAAUGCCACCGCAUUAUGCUGACGGUAUAUAUCAACCUCUAUCACCACCGCACCUUCCUGAAGCUUCACUCGCAGUCCACGCCGCAACCCAGUUGACUGCCAGCGCAGACCACGACUAUGUUACCAGCAUGCUCGCUGCUUGGGGACAGCUCCUGAUGGAUGAUCUUAUCAGCACUGCCAAUGGGAACAAGGAUUGCAAAGGAGCCAUUUGCGAGUACAUGCGGUCUGCCCCUACGAGAAACAUUGACUCUUGUGGAUUUGAACAACGUGAACAGAUGAACUUAGCUACGUCGUUCCUCGACGGAUCCUCAUUAUACGGCAGUUCAGAAAAAGAGCUGCGUUCAUUGAGGCUUUAUGAUGCGGGCAAGCUUGACCUAGAUUCAUGUCGGAAAUGCAAAGAUGGAUCUCCUACGGCACCAUUAUACAAAAUAUUGAUGACUGAACACAACCGUAUCGCUGGAGAACUUUACACGUUGAACCCGUUUUGGGAUGACACCAAACUUUUCCUAGAAACCAGGCGAGCAAUGGCCGCUAUCAUCCAGCACAUUACCUACAAUGAGUUCCUACCAGUCUUGUUAGGAGAGGUCGGUAUGGCGAAAGCAGAACUAAAGUUGACUUCAUUAGGGUUCUGGCGUGGAUAUUCUAGUGCUAACCGCGCCGGUGUUUAUUCUGAGCUGGUCGCUGUGGCUCCUAUCUUUCACGCUAUGAUGAACGAAAGAUUGACAAAUUCAACGGCUACUUUAGAAAGACUGGUCCGCACAAGUGCUCAACACGUUUCCCACUUCCCUGUGUCUGCACAAUGGGACCUCAACCGAGCUCGCGACCAUGGAGUCUCCUCAUACAUUAGAACUUUAAGAAUGUGCGAACCUACAGCGAAUGUGAAAACUUUCGGCGACUUAGCUAACAUGGGCUUUGACAGAAAACACCAAGAGAUGAUGGCUGACAUGUAUAAAAAUGCUGAUGACAUCGAAUUGAUGAUUGGAGGCGCUAUAGAAAAACCAGCAAGUGGUGCUGUUGUCGGUUCUACCAUUGCUUGUGUUCUGGCAUUGCAGUUCGCUAAUUUGAAGAAGAGUGACAGAUUCUGGUAUGAAAACGACUUGCCACCGUCGUCUCUUUCGCCUGACCAACUUGGAGCUAUCAGAAAGGUGUCUCUGGCUGGUUUACUCUGCGGUGCACAGGAAUCCAUCACCAAUAUUCAGCCUAAAGCAUUCGUCAAGGAAGAUCCUUAUUUAAAUGCUGGUCAACACUGCUCUCAACAUACUCGUCUAGAACUUAACGCUUGGAGGGACGAAAGUGGCGCUAAAGCAGCGGAACAGCUAUCUCAAGACAUGGUCGCUACUGCAAUCGAAAAGGCUAAACAAGAGAUGGCUGACAGAAAACGUUUAGAGUACAUGCUUUGGGCAUCUCGUGGCGGAGCUGAUCCAAAGUCACCAGUAGGAACAGCUGCGUCAUUUUCUAAGGCUAACAAAUACGCUCUAAAACUCGCCAAUACUUCCCUAUUCUUGGAAUUUGCAACCAAUGAACUCCUCAACACCAUGAGCACCGGACAUCGUCGCAAACGCCAAAUCUUCGACGACUCUCUAGGUUUCGGCUCGUCAGACUUUGUUGACUCCUUGCAAUCGGUUGAUAUCAGUGGCUUUCUUGGUAAUGACAAUUCUGGACCUAUCGUGGAACCGCAGUGCGAUGACAAAGGGCCCUGCGAUGCUGAUAGCCCCUUCAGAACUUAUACAGGCUAUUGCAAUAAUUUGAGGAACCCUAACUUGGGCAAAGGAUUAACGACAUUUGCUAGAUUGCUACCACCAGUUUAUGAAGAUGGCGUAAGUCGUCCUCGCAUCAACUCCGUAACUGGAACACAAUUACCAUCUCCGCGUGUAGUGUCUACCGUUAUCCAUCCAGACAUAUCAAAUCUGCACACCCGCUACACACUCAUGGUAAUGCAAUUCGCACAGUUUGUCGACCACGAACUCACCAUGACGCCCAUACAUAAAGGUUUCCACGAGUCAAUCCCAGACUGUCGCUCCUGCGAAUCUCCGCGGAAAGUACAUCCUGAAUGCAACCCAUUUCCAGUGCCCAUCGGUGAUCAUUACUACCCUCAAGUCAACGUGACUUCUGGAGAGCGUCUUUGCUUUCCUUUCAUGAGGAGUUUGCCAGGACAACAACAGCUUGGUCCGCGUGAACAAGUAAACCAGAAUACGGCAUUUAUUGAUGCGUCCGUCAUUUAUGGGGAAAAUCCUUGCAUUGUUCGUAAACUGCGGGGUUUCAACGGUCGUCUCAACGCCACAUCCAACCCUACUUCUGGACGGGAACUGCUGCCUAGGAGUGACAGUCAUCCGGAGUGCAAAUCUGCCAGUGGAUUCUGUUUCAUUGCUGGUGAUGGUCGUGCCUCAGAACAGCCUGGUCUCACCGCUAUACACACGAUUUUCCUCCGUCAUCACAACCGUAUCGUAGAGGGUCUGCGAGGAGUAAACCCUCAUUGGGACGCUGAUCAACUAUUUGAACAUACUCGUCGCAUUGUCGCAGCCACUUUGACGCACAUUAUUUUCAACGAGUUUCUGCCGAGGUUGCUGUCAUGGAAUGCUGUCAACUUAUAUGGACUCAAGCUUUUGCCUUCAGGCUACUACAAAGAGUACUCACCCACUUGCAACCCUUCAAUCGUAACGGAAUUCGCUUCUGCCUCAUUCCGUUUUGGUCACUCUCUGCUUCGACCUCAUUUGCCUCGUCUAUCACCACAGUACCAACCCGUUGAACCUCCAAUUCUACUCAGAGACGGUUUCUUCAGAGUUGACAUGUUCAUGAACCAUCCGCCUAUGGUAGACGAACUAAUGCGUGGUGUUGCUUCUACUCCUAUGGAAACUCUUGAUCAGUUCAUCACCGGAGAAGUUACUAACCAUCUUUUCGAAGACCGAAAAAUACCAUUCUCUGGCAUUGAUUUAAUCGCCUUAAAUAUUCAGCGAGCUAGAGACCAUGGGAUACCAAGUUACAACAACUACAGAGCACUUUGUAACCUAAAAAGAGCUACCACUUUUGAGGAUUUGGCUAGAGAAGUCCCAGAUGAAGUUAUUGCCAGGUUCAAGAGGAUUUACGCUACGGUCGACGACAUCGAUCUUUUCCCAGGCGGUAUGAGUGAGAGACCUUUACAAGGUGGACUUGUCGGACCCACUUUCGCCUGUAUCAUUGCCAUCCAAUUUAGGCAACUAAGGAAGUGUGAUCGAUUUUGGUAUGAAAACGACAACCCUGGAGCAAGAUUCACAGAGCAACAAUUGGCAGAGAUUAGAAAGAUCACUUUGUCAAAGGUGCUGUGCGAUAACUUCGAUCACCCGGGUGAUAUUCAGAGAGCAGCCUUUGACUUGCCUAGUAACUUCUUAAACCCCCGAGUACCAUGCUCUUCUUUGCCACAAAUGGACCUGUCAGCUUGGCGUGAAAGCUCAGCUCAGGGCUGCCUCAUAGCUGGACGUUCCGUCGCCGUCGGAGACUCUGCAUUCCCAUCGCCUUGCACUUCGUGCAUCUGUACUAUUGAAGGGGCUCAGUGCGCGUCGCUGCGCAUCACCGACUGCGCGCAGCUGCACCGCGAGUGGCCGCGCGAGGCCGUGCAGCGCGACGACGUGUGCACGGCGCAGUGCGGCGCCAGCGCGCCGGCCGGGCCCACCGCGCGCCCCACGCGCCGCCCCGCGCUCAACUUCAACUUCCCCGACCUGUCGCCGUUCAUCGCCAAGUGA